UCGGAUCCGGCCGCCGUGAAGUUUGGAUGGGUCAAGAAAGCCGUCGCCAACGCUGUUCAGAAGGAAGUAAAAUCUCUUUGUGGCUUGGAAACCUCUCAGGUUCCUGCAGAGGAAGCUCUUUCUGGAGCCGGUGAGCCCUGUGACAUCAUUGACAGCAGUGAUGAAAUGGAUGCCCAGGAGGAGAGUAUUUAUGAGAGAACUGUUAGCAGAAAAAAGAAAAGCAAGAGGCACAGAGAAGAUGUAGACACGGCGGGAGGAGAAGAGUAUCCCAUGGAUAUUUGGCUCUUGCUGGCUUCCUACAUCCGUCCUGAGGACAUUGUGAAUUUUUCCCUGAUCUGUAAGAAUUCCUGGACUGUCACUUGCACUGCUGCCUUUUGGACCAGAUUGUAUCGAAGGCACUACACGCUGGAUGCCUCUUUGCCCUUGUGCCUGCGACCAGAAUCAAUGGAGAAGCUGCGUCUCCGGGCAUGUGUGAUCCGAUCUCUGUAUCAUAAGUAUGAGCCAUUUGCUGCUCGAAUCUCCAAGAAUCCAGCCAUUCCAGAAAGCACUCCCAACACACUAAAGAAUUCCAAAUGCUUACUUCUCUGGUGCCGAAAGAUUGUUGGGAAUAGAAAGGAACCAAUGUGGGAAUUCAAGUUCAAAAAACAGCCCCCUAGGUUAAAGAACAAGUGUAUGGGAGGAUUGCAGCCUCCCAUUCAGUAUGAAGAGGUUCAUACCAACCCAGACCAGGACUGCUGCCUCCUGCAGGUCACCACCCUCAAUUUCAUCUUUAUUCCAAUAGUCAUGGGAAUGAUAUUUACGCUGCUUUCUAUCCACGUAUCCACGGACAUGCGACACCAUCGAGUGAGACUAGUGUUCCAGGAUUCUCCUAUCCACGGUGGUCGGAAACUUCUCAGCGAACAGGGCGUACAAGUCAUCCUGGACCCUGUGCACAGUGUUCGGCUCUAUCCAUUCUCCCUGAGAGCAUAG